AACACAAAACCUCAAGCUUUUCACUCCAAUUUGUGUGGGAUUUGCUGAGUUCUCUCUCUCAUGGCUUCAAGAAGAGGCGGAAGCAAGAGGAAACAGAUUGGGAGUUCUAGUGCCGGUGGCCAAGCCCAAGAAGAAGAACAUAGAGCAUUACAGUGGAUUAUUAGUCGCAUUCUUGCUCAGAGAAAGGGUUCCAAAUCUAUUGUAUUUAGUGGUGAUCUCUUAUGGUUUGAUUAUCUUCUCAAAAGGAAGAGGUUGAAUCUUGGAAGAUUCAUUUACUGGAACCUAAUCAAGAAUUAUUUAUCAAACAUGGGUCUUCCUCAUGGUGCUUUAAUUACUAGAUUGGUGAAGAGGAACAAUAUUGAUCUUACACCCUUUAUGCUUGGAAAGGCUCAAAGUGGGACUACACUCAAUAAAGCUUCCUUUGAGAAUAUGCAAUAUGAGUUUCGGAAUGGUAGCUGGAGGAAGAAAGGGGAUCAAGCAAUGGAACAGCAAAGUGAUGAAGAAGAAGGUGAUGGAGAUCAAGAAAUGGCAAAACAAGGGGAAGAAGAACAUGGAGGUGAUAGUCCAAGACCAUUUCAAGCCUCAAUGCAAAGGACUAAUCGCGAAACCAUGGAGGUAAUGAUAAAUGAGAUGCGAUAGCUGCACACCGACUUUUAUGGUUUCCGGAUAGAAAUGAGAGGAAGAAUGAAUAACGUGGAAGGAAAGCUUGAUCGGCUUGUUAACCAUUUUUUUCCUCCACCCCCACCUGAUGCCACCUGACUUGAUAUUUCUUUAGUUUGGCUAAUCUUUAGGAUGGACAUCUUAGGGUUAUGCAUUUUAUGUUUUAUUUGACUAUGGAUAUGUCUUGAACCUUUUUAUCUUGUUUUAUGAAUGGAAAUGACAUCACUUGUGUUAUCAUGCUUUGUGAAUGAUUGUUUAUGAUUUUGAUGAUAAUAUGCUCUUAUUGAGGGGGAGUUUAUUGGUUGAUGACUGUAUUCAUGACUUUGGUUGUCUAUAUUGAUGAUGAUUGAUGAUUAUAUUCAUUACAUACUCUUGAUGCUUUAAAGGUUGAUCGCAUGAAUUAAGGGGGAGUUUAUUG